AUGAGAUUCAACAUCCUCGUCCUCGUGCUAUCGGCUUUUGCCAUGCUCACCGAGGCAUAUGUCGCUUCCACCGGGACAAAGAACCUCAACUUGAACAACGAUCAGAUUGCACAGAACGCCUCUGCUGCCACAGCACAACUCCAGCUCAACAUCGAUCCCGACAUAACCAACCCCAAUUGCGGUGGAAUAUACCCUGCCAACAUCAAUGUGAAAUACGGACCUGAUCCAUUCUACCUGUCGGAUGAGUGCCGGGCAGUGCUGAGUUGGCUUGGUGGAAACGACGGCAAGCAGGACGUCGAUAUCGUGUGGACAUGCACUGGUCAAAUGACAGCUGGUCCGGGAGACCGCAACACCUAUAUCAUCCUGAAUACUGCGCCCAACGUUGUCUUCUCUGGGAGCGGUGGUAAUCAGCAGAUCGGCGCAUACAUGGAGAUACAUAGACUUUCCGAUGGCUUCUUCACCACGGCAGCUGUAUAUCUCCAAGCCAAAACCGACCCUGCUGAUAACAAAGCGACUUUCCAGUUUAUCUUCUGCUGA